UAACAGCAUCUGUUUUCCUCAAUGAUCCACUCGAAAUAAGGCAAUUUUUAUCUGUUGGGAAAAACAUUUUAGUGAUUUCUUCGUUGUAUCAUGAUGGAUAAUUGGCGUAGAGAAGCUAGGUUCACCAAUAGGCGAAGCAAUUAUCCGAAGACCAUUGAAAAUAGAAAAUCAUCGUAUGAACACACUAAUAAUGAUAAUAGGUCUCCGUCCAAAAAAGAAGUCGGUCCCAGAUAUGGUGUUAAGCAGCUACCAAAAAGAAAGUACCGGUAUAAAUAUCAACGAAACAACAAAGAUGAUUCUCAAGAUGAUAAUGAGAGUUGGUUCAAAAUUGUGAUACCUAGGGGUGCCAAAUGUCCUAAAGAACAUUUAAUGACUUCUCUUCAACAGAAUAUGAGUCUACCUCUUAUGGCACUAAAUUUCCACGCUGAAAGUAACACUGUUGUUUUCUUUGUGCAAGGUGGUGAUCAAAUGCAAGCGAUUCGUGCUUGUAGUAGACGCAUAUAUGACAACAACGGCUACGCAUUAACUAUAAAUGUUCAACCAAGUCAAAUUCCUGUUCCACCAAUAAAUAAAAUGGUCGAAGAUAAAAUAUCUGAUGCCUUAAAAGGUCGAUACAAUUAUUCUCUGCGAUCAUUGUAUUUGAACUCAUUUUCACAAGAGCCUAGCUUGCUGGAAGCAAAUCUUUACAUUCCUCUCAGCCGCCCGUCCGUGUUUAAUUUGGUUGUGGAAAAGAUAAGAAAAGAAUAUUCGGAAAUUGUUGGUUUAAGUGUUGCUGAUAACAAAUUGACCUCUCUUCAACCAUUAUCUCAUCUUCAAUCAAUUUGUAAAAACUUGAAAGCUCUAGACAUCUCCAAAAAUAAGAUAAGAUCCAUAUCAGAAUUGGACAAUAUUAAAGGUUUAGAUUUAAUUGAAAUCGCUAUCGAAGGAAACCCGUUUGCUAAUGCUGCUGCAUUUUCAGAAUCGGAGAAAAGUGCAUUAGUCAGUUCUUUACGAACUCGUUUCCCGAAACUCGCUAAAUUGGAUGGAACUGACUUACCACCAGCAAUUGGCUUUGAUGUUGGUGACUCUGAUGACAUACCACCUUCUUACGGUCAUCACAUACCCAAUGAGAUCAAGAAUUUUGUCGCUGAAUUCUUAGAUCAAUAUUUCAAAAUUUACGACUCAGAUGACCGUAGACCUAUGCUCGCUGCUUAUCAUGACCAGGCUGUCUUUUCUUAUAGCAUAGGGCGAACUGAUAAUAAAAUUAACACAUUUACCCAAUCAAUGAUUGCUGGAAGUCGUAACUUGCUCAGAAUUCGAGAAGAAGGUGAAGCCAAAACUGAGCUACUCCAUGUUGGUGGCUCUGCAAUUGUUGAAGCACUUAUGUCGAUGCCAAGGACAAAGCAUGCCCCCUCAUUAAUGAAAAUUGACGUACCAUUUUAUUUCCAACAAAAUUUCUUCGUUGUGGUCGUGAAUGGAGUUUUCAAGGAAUUCACUAAGAAACAAGUACACACGAGAGCCUUCGGCAGGACAUUUAUUAUUGUCCCUCAAGGCCAAGGCUUUGUUAUAAUAAAUGACAUUUUGGUCAUAACCAACGCGACCGUGGAACAGGUCCAAAAAUUCAGUCGCUCUCUAGAAAAUGAUUCAAUUAUAACUUGCAUCAAAGAGGAUAGAUUUGGUGCUGAUUGUUUGGAAAGUCUUAAUCUUGGACUUGAUCAAGGAUUUAAUUUAAACCAACAAAUUCAACCUCAGAUGGCACAAAUGCAACCCCAACCAGUUCAAACUCAGCCUAUUUUAUUGGACCAAGCUGCUAAAGACUCUAUGGUACAACAAUUUUGUUCAUUGACAAAUAUGAAUCUACAAUUUUCAACUCAAUGUCUAGAAGAGAAUGCAUAUGAUUUACAAAAAUCAUUCGAAGUAUUCGAGCAGUUAAAUAAGCAAGGAGCUAUACCAGCUGCAGCUUUUGUUCAAUGAAAAUUCUGAUUAUAUUUCGGAUUCACAUCAUCUUUAAUCCUCCAUCCACUAUUGUCUCCUUACCUAUCAACUUUUGUUCGCUUUAUUUCUAUUUUCCGGUCUCCCCUUAAUCUAAAGCUUGAUAUUUGUGUAAAUAGUUAAUGACAAACUUUUCAAUUUUUUCGAAAUCUUAACUGUAAAUCAACUUAAAAAUCAGACAUGUGAUGCUUGUCAUCAUCAGGAAUGUCGUCAAAUAUUAAAUAAAAAGUCAAAAAAUAUAAAUAU